AUGGGUCUUAGCACCAAAAAUGCCCUGCGGUUCUCGCUCUUAUGUCUCUUCGCUUCGGCAACGGCGACAAACACACGCAAACCUGUUCAAUUAAGUCUUUCUGGGCAUAUUGACCAGUCUGAAGUGUACUCAUUCGUAUAUGUCCCAUUCGAAGUGGAAGAGGGAGUUACCUCCAUCAGCGUGCUGCAAGACUACGCGCUGAAGGGAAAUGGCAGUUCGCUCGAUCUAGGUCUAUUCGACCAACGCGGCAUCGAGGUUCCCAACUCAUUUGGUCAAUUCGGGACGAGGGGAUGGUCAGGUGGGAAACGAAACAACUUCACGAUCACGCCUGCAUGGGCAACACCCGGCUACAACCCGGGUCCCAUUAGCCCAGGAAUUUGGAAUGUAGUUUUUGGUCCCUACGAGUCCACUGCAAAGGGUAUAGACUGGACACUCGAGAUCUCACUGGGAUUUGACCCAGUUAACGCAACAUUCACACCGACAUACGCGCCCACGAACAUGGACCCGAUUUGCAACGGUUGUACCGAAGCAGAGGAGUUUACCUGGCAGCGCGGCGACUUCCACAUGCACACCAUCUACUCCGAUGGAAAAUAUACACCCGAACAACAAUUCGCAAUCGGCCAAUCUCGGGACCUGUCCUUCGUCUUCCUAAGCGACCACAACACAGACACGAGCAACCAAAUUGCUGGCUCAGCCCAGGCUGCAUAUGCACCGGAAUUACUAGUCGGUCGUGCGAUCGAAGUCACGACCCGGUACGGACAUUGGCAGGCUGUGGGUAUAGACAGGGAGCAAGUCAUCGACUGGCGAUAUAAACCGGGCGACAAGCCUGGAUUUGCCGAAGCAGCUGAGCAGGUCCGUCGUGCUGGUGGAUUCGUGUCUGUCAACCAUCCGUUCGCGGAGUGUCCCGCUUGCAAUUGGAGUCUUGGGUGGGAGAGUAAUGAUGCUGUGGAGGUUUGGAAUGGGCCUUGGGAUUCGACAGAUGAGCAGGCUGUGCAGCUGUGGCAGAAGAUGCUUGUUGAAGGGAAGAGGAUUACUGCUAUUGGUGGUAGUGAUUCUCAUUCGCCGCCGUCCGUUAAUGGGUUGCCGACUUCUGUUGUUAAGGGGCGAGGACGGAGUCAGGCGGCUAUUGUUGAGGGUGUCAAGGCUGGGAGGGUUUAUUUGGCACAGGGGCCUGGUAUGGAUAUUGCUUUUGAGGUGGUUUCGAAGUCCUUGGUGGCUCCGGCUCAGAUUGGGGAUAGGCUGAGCGCUGAGACGAAGGAUGCUCGCUUUUCUGCUGAAGGGUUAGCUGGGCAGCGUAUGUGUCUGAUCUCCGAUCAAGGGUACUUUUACAAUGCGUCAAUCGUGGAUCACAAGGAGAUUCAGCACGCAGUUCCUUCAGGGGCUAAGUUCAUCAGAGCGGAGGUGAGGAACUCGACUAGUGAUGAGGUGUUGGCUCUAACCAACCCUGUGUGGUUCUUAUGA